AGCACCUGUUGCUUUGAAUGCUUGACCGGGUGUCACAGAGUUAUGCCCUGUCCAGCUUGUGGCGAGGCAGGUUUGUAGCUUCACUUGGCAAAGUCUGACCCUUUUUCCCAUGCCAUAUCCCUGUCCAAGGACCCAAGCGGGACAGAAUGGAAAUGGGACCCGCUCAGGCCAGACAAGCAUCCUUAGGCCUCAAAGUACGUCCAGUCCUGCUGCGAUCGUACCCCUGCCAACCUAGAAACAUAUCCUCAAGAAAGUGCGACAGAAAAGUUGCAAUUGACUGACAAAGCGACAAAAGCCACUAGCUGCCGUGCCGUCGUUGUGAUGUUUGAUGUCAUGAUGUCUAAGGGUGCCCAGCUAAUGAUAUCACCUACAUUCCUCUUGCAUGUCUCGGGUUUGCUUGGCUGGUCAUGCGACUCGAAACCUUUCUUCGAGGUGCUUUAAGUGUUUAUGCCUUUACAGAUUGAUGGCCCUAAUCAGCCUUUCAAUGCCUAUCAUAGGUUGCAAUUGCUUCGAGGUGGGAACUCGACCCACCCUGCACAGAGGCUGAGUGGCGAUAUUUGGCAGACUCGACGGGAGCGCCUGAAGUGAUGACGACUCAGCAGUGUGCCUACAUGAAGAAAGUAUGCCGCGGGUGCUACAACUCAAGGCUUCUCAUAAUGGCGAAGGUCCAGACAAGGAUAAGAGCCAAGGGAGGACUUGAGGAACUGGAUCCAUCAAUGAAGAUGCGAAAGGAGUAUGAAGCUGCUCACGCCAACGAUUUGCUCAAGAACCGGGCAGCAAAGAUCCAUGGAUUGCAAAGUGCAGACCACUUCAACGGACAAGUUUGCAGGCUAAUCGUUAAGGACUCCGAAAGUGGGCGCUGGACAGUUGAAUUUGUCAAUGGUGAGAAAAAGGCCAUCAGAGAAAGCAAUUUGCAUGCCUCUCAGGAUGUCGAUAUGGAAUGGGAAGCCGCGCGUGUCGAGUAUGCGGCAAGCAACUCCACAUCUGCACAAACUGACGGAAAGCCAGUUGGACGCCCCCUGGGGACUCACACCAGCUGGGAAAAGGGCUUCCAUCCAGGUGCAGUGGUUUUCCUCCAGAACCUCAAGACGAAGGAAUUAAAUGGAAGGAAAGGAAGGUGCAUCAGCUUCAACAAGGAGGCUGGCAGAUACGAAGUUGAUUUGGGGGAUGAAAGGAAGCUGCUGAAGAUUGAGAACCUCGUGCCAGCCCCGCGGGAUGUAAAGCCACCCACUAGACAAACCGCGCAAGAAGAGAGAGAAAGAGCAGCGGCUGAGCACGUGAGGUGGGAGGCUCUGAAUGCAAGAGAGAGGCAUGCUGAGGAGUACGGUUGGGACGGAUGACGCAAAAGGCAAUCAUUGUCUAAACUACUAACUGAUAAAUAAUGCAGAAUGUCAAAUUCACCAAGCAGACCAUAUUUCAGCAUUAAUAAGCAUACAGUGAGAACCAGCAACAACUGCA